CCCAGGGCAUUUCAUUGACCUGAAGGUUAAUCUCUCAUGAAUGCUGUUUUAUUCCUAUUUGCAUUUCCAUACACGUAAAUAGCGGUUAAAAUGAGCCAGCUGCAGUCCGAUAUAAACCAAAUAAAUUUUGCCAUUGGUGAUGUAGUAUAUGUUGGUACCGACACACAGAGGAUUGGAAAAAUUGAGUUUAUUGGGGAAACUCAGUUUGCUGCAGGUGAAUGGAUUGGUGUCAGUCUGUUCUCUCCGUUGGGAAAAAAUGAUGGCAGCGUUGAUGGUGUAGUUUAUUUCAAGUGUGAACCCUCUCAUGGUAUUUUUUCAAAGCGUGGCAAUAUCCGACAUGCAUCAAACACUGAUGUGUUGGAGCCUGCGAAAAUGGAAACAACAACCAAUAAUGAUGAUAGAUUAUCAAUUGGUUUGUCGAAGCAGGAUAGUAUUGCCGAUGCCGGUAGUGUUUGUUCGUCUCGACAUUCGGCAGUAAAUUCCCAUAUAAUUCCGCCAGGACAAUGUGGUCUCCAAAUUGGUGAUCUUGUGCAAGUUUCUGGAGGCCGUGUCGGUAUCUUAAGGUAUUUAGGACCAACAGAAUUCGCUGUUGGUGAAUGGGCUGGGGUUGAGUUAGAUGAACCUACCGGGAAAAAUGAUGGUUCAGUCGCCGGUGUACGAUAUUUCACUUGUAAACCAAAUUACGGAUUAUUUGCCGCUGCUAAUCGUGUUGUACGGGCUGGUACUAGUAAGGAUGAAAGUCGUACUUCUGGUUUCAAUGUUUCAAAAAAUGGUCAAACUCGUCAAAGUCAAGAAUCUUUGUUAUCCUAUUCAUCGAAUUUAAGUUCAGUAUCACGAUCCUAUCGUACACAGCCUGGUAACAAUGGACUUCAGGGUCGUAAUAGCCUAAGUGGAAAUCGAAAGCCUGUAACCCCGAUGAAUGGUGCAAAUCGUAGGGAGAACGCCUCAAACUUACUAACACUCCAACGUUUAAUCAAAGAAAAAGAAGCGCAUAUUGAACAACUUUUACAAGAACGUGAAAUUGAACGUUCGGAUUUAGCUAAGGUUACGCUGGAAAAGGAAAUGGCUCAAGCAGAGACAGUGAAUCAGCGGGCUGUUAUUCAACAAUUGAAUCAACAGUUAGAGAAUAUGGAAGCUGUUUUGCAGCAUUUACGUGAUGAGCACGAACAGACAACAAUUAAACUACAUGAAGAGAGAAAAAAUCUAGAAGAUUUACAAUUUAGAAUGGAAGAAGAGAAUAUUGACAAGACGACUUUAGAAUCACAGAAUGCUGAUGAUGAAUCGAAAAUCUUUGAAUUAGAAGAAGCUUUAAUGUCAGCUCGUGAAGCAAAUGAACGCAUGGAAACAGAGUUGAAUAAAGUUCGAGCUGAAUUGAAUAAUCUUUUACAGAAACAGUCACCGGAGACAUUAGCUCUACUUAAUGAAAGUAUAUCACAAAAGCAGGAUCAAUCUCUUCAACGUACUGAAGUUGUAUCAGAGGUGUCUAUUCCACCGAAUGAAAAAGAUGAACAAACUUUAAAAGAAGAAUGCGAACGCUUACGUGUACUGUUAGCUGAACGUCAAACUGAAGCAGAAGAUUUGUUGAAACGACAAUCUGAAACAAUCCAAUCCCUGACAACUGAUUUCAAUGAACAGAUUAAAAAGUUGAACAGUGAAUUAGAACACUCGUCUAUUGAAAUGCAAGCCUUCAAAGAUGAAAAUAAUGCAUUAAAACUACAGAAUAAUGAAUUAGUUGUUAAACUGAAAAAUGAAAUUGAACAACUCAAUAAACAAUUGACAGAACAAGAAAAAUCUGCAAAUGAAAAAUUAUUAGCAUUUGAAAAACGUAUUACAGAAUUGAAUAAUAUUUUAGAGGCAGAGAAGUUGAAAUCAGCCUCAUCACCAGCUGGUCAUCAUCAACAAGCACGCAGUGAAGAGUUGAACAACUUGAAGCAACAACAAAAAGCCGUCUUAGAUGAUUUAACAGAGUAUCAUAAUAAUGUUUUAUCUAAUGCCGAAUUGUGUCAUUCUGCACAAGUGGAUGAAAUCAACAGUUUACAAGCUGAUAAUAGUGACAACAAUAGUAGUAAUAAUGAGAAUGCUAACAAUUUAUUGCUGGAAAAAAUUAAAGCACAAGAACAAUUGUUAAAUGAACAAAAAGAACAAUUAGCUCAUUUUCAACUUCAAUAUAAAACAUCAAUUCAAGAUAAAGAAAAUUCUGAAAGUCGACUUGGUGAACUUGAAGGUAAUUUGAAUAGAAUUAAGGCUGAAUUAGCUGAAUCCAAAGUGAAACAAGAUGAAUUAUUAAUGGAGUUGAACGGGGCACGUUCAAAACGUGAUCAAUUAGUCGAAGAGAUAUGCACAAUGCUAGGUGAUCUAUCUGUAGCCGAGAAAUCGGAUAAUCUAUCAGCAGUGCUACAUCAACGUAUUAAUGAUUUGAAGGAACAAAUAUCAUAUCAUGAGAAAAAUCGUCAAGAUUUACAAAAAUACUGUCAAACUCUAGAAAAUGAACGUAAUGAACUUGAAAGUGAACUGACCAGAGUGAAUGUAACUUUGAAGAAUGCAAGUGAAGUACAAUCUGAUAGUGCAUUACUGAAAGAAGAACUUGACACUGUGAGACAAAAAAUGCUUUCAUUAGAGAAGAGUGCUUCAAAUGCAUUUGAUCAACUUGAAGUAAAGUCGAAUGAACUACAAGCUAUUCAAAAUCAAUUAGAUAAAGUAUUGGCUGAGCAAAUGGAACAUGAAAAAGUGCAUAAUCACACUAUUUCAGUUUUAGAAACUGAGAAACAAGUAUUAUUGGAACGUAUACAAGAGGCUGAAAAUCGCUUAGCUCAACAACAACAACAAUCGAAACUGCCAGUAGUUAACAUGAAUCAAGCAAGUCAAGAGUCUGAAAAAGUUGACGUUAAUCGUUUACUUGAAGAGAAGGCCUCAUCAGAAGCUCAGAUCAACUUUUUAAAUUCAAUUAUUGUCGAUUUACAUGCGAAGAAUGCUGAAUUAGAAUCACGAGUGAGAGCAAUGCUUGUUGGCGCAGAUGAACAUUUAGACUCACAUUCUAAUAAGCGUACAAAACCACCACCACGUUUAUGGUGUGAUAAUUGUCUUGUUUUCGAUAGUCAUGAUACCAAAGAUUGUCCACAGACGACGACGACGACUGUCAACAACAAAAAUUAUAACAAUGGUACACAUAUCAACAAUGGAGUCAUAAAUAAUAAUACUAACAAUAAUCCGCCAUCAUCAAUUGAUGAUACUCCUCAUAGACGACCAUCGAAAACUUAUCAUAAACAUCGUAUUUCAUCGACAACACAUAGAAUAUAUUGUGAUAAUUGUGGUGUAUUCGAUGAUCAUAUCACUGAAAAUUGUACAGAUGCACAAACAUUUUAAAACAAUACUCAAAUAAAAAUAAAUCAUUGAUUUUAUAUUAUGUAUGCAUUAUUUGUAAUUCCACGAAUAUCUAUCUAUCUAUCAAUCAUCGAUGCAUGUCACCGUCGUUGUCAUUUCAUAUUUAACAUUGCUAUUACACUCUACCCUAUAGGCAGGAGGCGGUGACUAAAGGUGAAAUCUGAGAUCUCUAGGUUUCGCUCUCAUUGUACACACACUAUUUGCAUCGACACACACGCAAGCACUCAUACACACAUACAUACUCAUACACAUAACAGAAAUCUUUUACAUCUCUUUGAGUAGUAUCUGUUUCAUUGGUGAUAUCAAUAAUGGCAGAGAGUGCAUAUUCUUAUCGGUUAGUACUUUUAAUUUUCGUUUGUUGUUAUCGCCCCAUGUCAGGGUAAUUAAUUCGUUGGUUGUAUUUAGUGCCUUAUACUUUUCCUCGUGUUCGAUUUAUCAUUUGUGUUGUCGUCUUAGUUCUCCACGUUGUUAUCGUUCUUUCUUGACAGAGAGAAUGUGUGUGUAUGUGUAUAUGUGUGUGCUGUCAGUGUCGUCUUCGCUUUCACCACCACAUUUUGCAUUUUCCCUUCCACUCCUUCUUUCUUUCCUUGGAUAAACCAGCAGUUGAGUAGUAAUCAUGAUAAUCUUUUAUUUAUAGGGUCAAAUGUUAAAUAGAGUAUAUAAUUUAAACAGCAACGCACCUUUUCACCUAUCUGUCUAUCUACCUAUCUAUCUAUCAACGUGCUCAUAUAUACUUGUCUCAAUUCUUUGCUGUUGUUGUUGACACUA